GUCGAGUGAAGCCUUGAGUUUGGUGAAGCUGACGCCGAUAACCACUUCACACUUCGAUACAAGUGAUAUUCGUGGAUAGUCACGGAUUCUUGCAACGUACUCUGUAGAAACGGUCCAGUUGUUAAAAGUAAUAGAUCUGAAAUCGUGCAAAGAUAUCAAAUAUGUCCAGACAAGGAGAUAGAGGUUUUGAUCCCUCUGAGCCAUCAACUAGUAGUGGAUAUAGAAAGAAACCUUAUUCUAGGUCAUCAGAAUCAGAGUAUUCAGUAAAAGGAGUAGUAAAGGAUAUCAGCCAAAAAGGUGAUCCAAGUACCUCUACAUAUUCACAACAAUCUAUUGAACCAGUAAAAAUUAAAUCAGAAAGUGGAGAUGUCGCGUCGACAAAAGAAACACGUGGUCGACGCAAAAUGGAAACUAUUUUUGUUACCAGGCCAGCUACUUUAGUAACUAAAAAAGGAACGUCUGGAAAACAUAUAGUAUUGCAAACUAAUCACUUUAAAGUGCCUACAGUACCUGAUUGGUGCCUUUAUAAAUAUCGAGUUGAUUUCGAACCAGAAGAAACUCGUACAUAUAUUCGAAAAGGUUUGCUUAGACUUCAUAAAGAAAGGGUUGGUGUAUAUAUCUUUGAUGGUACAAUCUUGUAUACAAGCUGCCGUUUACCAGAUAAAGUGGAACUGGUAUCAACUAGACAAUCCGACGAUACACCUGUUAAAAUUAUUAUACGUCUAGUUGGGGACAUGAUGCGGGAUGAUCCGCACUAUAUACAAUUUUUUAAUAUAAUAAUGAGAAAAUGCUUAGAGCAUUUAAAAUUGCAACUGGUUGGCCGUGAUUAUUACGAUGCUCGUAACAAGGUUGCCAUACAUCAAUUUAGACUGGAAUUGUGGCCUGGCUACAUUACAUCCAUCAGACAAUAUGAGCGCGACAUUCUAAUGUGCGCCGAAAUAACACAUAAAGUAAUGCGACAAGAAACUUUGUUAGAUAUAUUAAGUGAUUGCUACAGACGUGGUCAGGAUUACAGGAAAGAGUUUUGCAACAGUGUAAUUGGAAUUAUUGCACUUACGGAUUAUAAUAAUAACACAUAUCGUAUCGAAGAUGUUGAUUUUGACACAAGCCCUUCCUCAACAUUUUCUAUGAAGUCUGGUGAAAGUAUAUCUUAUCAAGAGUAUUACAAGAGGAAAUACGGUAUUAGGAUAACAAAUGCCACACAACCAAUGUUGGUGACAAGAACAAAACCAAAGGCAAGAAAUGCUGGUCAAGGAGAUUUGGUUUAUCUAGUUCCUGAAUUGUGCCGUGCUACAGGUCUAACUGAUAAUAUGAGGGAAAAUUUUCAUCUUAUGAAAGCAUUAGCUACGCAUACUCGUGUUUCACCUGUAUCUCGGAUUGAUAAAUUGAUGAGAUUUAACGAAAGACUUCGUCAAGAGACAAAAGUUUUAGAAGAACUUAAAGACUGGAAUAUGAAAUUAGAUAGAAAUUUACUUGAAGUUCCUGCUCGUAUAUUACCUUGCGAAAAACUUGUAUUUGCUAAUAAUAAUAUGAUUACCUGUAUGGGAGGAGAUUGGACGAGACAAAUGCAAAAAGCACGUUUAGUCCACUCUGUCCAUUUGAGAAACUGGGUAUUAAUUGGAAACUAUCGAGAUCAGGAGACUAUACGGUAUUUUAUGAACAAGCUAAGUGGAGUAUCAUAUGGAAUAUCGUUUCGAAUUGAACGUCCACAGGAACAUUGGUUGCGCGAUGAUAAGGCGAGUGUAUAUGCCGAAAAUCUCGAAUAUAUUCUUAGCAAGAAUACCCCGGAUUUAGUAUUGUGCGUAGUGAGCAACAAUCGCAGUGAUCGUUAUGCAGCAAUUAAGAAGAAGUGUUGUGUAGACAGACCCGUACCAUCGCAGGUUAUUUUACAAAAAAACUUAGACGGAAGAAACAUCAUGACUAUCGCUACGAAAGUAGCAAUACAGAUGAACUGUAAAUUGGGUGGUGCAGCUUGGCAUAUUGAAUGCCCGUUAAAAGGAUUAAUGACAAUUGGUUUUGAUAUAUGUCAUGAUUCGAACACUAAGGGCAGAGAUUUUCUGGCUAUGGUGGCAACUGUCGAUCAAACGCUGACGCGAUACUAUAGCUCUAUUAGUUUAUAUCACAGCAGCGAGGAGCUUGUAGAGCAACUCUGUACAAGUGUAUGCAAAGCUGUGCAAGCUUAUCGCGCUCAAAAUAAGGCUUUACCCAUGUAUCUUGUAAUUUAUCGCGAUGGCGUCAGUGACGGUCAAAUACCGCAUGUUUAUGAGAAUGAAGUAGAAAGUCUGAAAAAGAAACUUGAAGAAGUGUACUAUGGUCCGAAUUUCAAGAUGAUAUUUAUAAUUGUGUCUAAACGAGUUAACAUUCGACUUUUCCAUAACAGAAACAAUCCUCUGAUCGGUACAGUCGUUGACGAUGUUAUAACCAGUCCAUUUAAAUACGAUUUCUUUCUUGUAUCGCAAAGUGUUAGACAAGGCACAGUUUCGCCAACCUCGUACAACAUUGUUUCGGAUAAUACCGGUUUAGACGCAGAAAUGAUACAAAACUUAACUUACAAAUUAACUCACAUGUAUUACAAUUGCUCAAGCACCGUUCGUGUACCGGCACCUUGUCAUUAUGCACAAAAGCUAUCGUUCUUAGUAGGACGAGUUCUUCACCGGCCUCCAAAUACCCAGCUGGAAAAUAAGCUGUAUUUCUUGUGAUAUAACAAAUAUCUCUUUACGAUAGUUUUAUUCGGUACAUUAUUUUAAAUUAAGAAGAUUGUUAAUUGUUUUCAUGAUUUUAUUUGUUUAUGUCCUAAAAUGGCUUGAUGUGCAUUAUUACUAGAUUAUAAAAGAUUUUCUGUGUAACUUAUUACAUAUGAUGCGAAAAAUUCCAUUCCAUAUAAAUAUUUAAAUU